ACCUCCCACACACAGACAACAGCAUGGGAGCGAUGUGUGUCACAAGUGGUGCCACCGGAAGGACCACGUCCACCGUGGCCCUCGGUGCCCUUCUCAUCCUCGCGCUCGCCAUCAACCGAAGCCUUUGUAGUGUAGCACAUCCGGCCGCGGAGAGCAUCAGUAGUGAUAGCAGUAGUAGCAAUAGUAGUAGCAGUAGCAGUAGUAGUGCUAGUCUUACCGACAACAGCGGGCAAACAACUCGACCCCAACCACCCACGGUGGAAGAUCCGGUCACACCAACGGCUACGGCCGGGCCGCGGAAGGAUGCCAACAGCUACGAUGGCCCCGUUCCGCCACCGGAAGGACAGAUUCCGCUGGAACGGUUGCCCUCCAACACGUUGCUCAAGUACACCGCCUACAAGGACGUCUCGAUACUGCACUUCCGCAUACCGACCGACACGCGUACGGCCUUCUUUAGCUUUAAGGCGUACGAAGAAUCCAAAGGUGCCUUUCAGCGCAACUGCAAACCUAAUGAUAUUACGCUGCACCUGAAAGCGGGCAGCUACCCGGUCAUCAGCCCGGAAAACAUUACCUUUCCCAAGCACUUUCUGGACGCGGACGAGAGGUUUGAAAUACACAGUCUACAAUUCAAAUCGGACAGCACGACGCGCCGGCUCAGCAUCGAUGGACCGCACCCGGGCAAUUGGUUCGCCGUGGCCUUCAUCAGCUGGACGGAUCCGAACAAUGAACGCAUCGAACAGCAAGGACUGGCCGCAUCGUGCGAAACGUUGCUAAUGUCGGAGAUGUCGAUCGUUGCGGCGAAACCGAAGAUGCUCAACACGGACGUGCGCCAUCCGGGCACCCUCGCCGGGGACCAGAGCGAGCCGAGCAGCUUCAAAUUCUUCGUGCCGGCCAACGUGUCCAUCGUCACCUGGCGGCUGCACCUCGCGCAACCCUGCGCAAACUGCACCGACGUCACGUUCCACGUGCAGGCCAGCGCCCUGCCGACGCCACGCGACUACCUGCAGCACGCCAUCAUCUGCCCGAACCGGACGGGCGACGUUAGCAUCGACUUUUACCCGCACGAAAGCACCUGGCACUACGUGGACUUGGACUUUCUGCGCGAACCAGCGUCGACGCAGGCAACGCAGACCGGAGGGAACGAGACGACCGGACGGAAUACGUCCGCCGAAGACAACUCCUCCGAGGGGCCCAAGAUGGAGCUGCCUUACACGGUGGAGCUGAUUUUCCAUCCGCUCGACGAAACGACCACGGGUGUCGACGAACCGGAAAUGCAGGAGGAUGUCAUUACCGAAACCUCACCACCACCAACCUCUUCGUCGCCAUCGUCGUCGUCGUCGUCGAAGGAAACGAAGUCACUGCCGCAUCGAAGCUUUGACCGCUACUCCGUGUUGCGACAAACGUACCGCGAGUUCUUCAUGUUCGACUACGAUCUGCUGCCGGAUGUGAAUGGGACGGUGCCGGUGACGCUCAACCUGACCGCCGGUGUCCCGGCGCUGAUGAAGUUCGACGUGAACGACGUGUACGACAUCGGUGGCACGCUGAGCUUUGCGGUCGCGAUGCGGCAGGACCUGAAGGGCAGCCUGAUCGACGCACGCCACGAGUCGACGAACGAACACGCGGGAGUGGUGGCGGAGAAGCUGGUCGACAUGCAGGAGGAGUUUGUACCGGAGAUGACCACCACCACGUCGACGACGACCACAACAACCACCACAACGACGACCACGACGACGACGACGACGACUUCCUCCCCGGCAACGAUGGCGGAGCAGGUGGCUCAAAUCAUCCGCUCCGGAGCGAUUCCGACGGUCGCUCCACCGAAGGCGAACCAAACGGUCAUCGUGUGCCUGCGGCUCGAGGAGCCCGGCAUCCCGACCUGGCCGGACCGGUGCGUGUACGGCCGGCACACCUACCCGGCCGCCAUCGUCAUCAACAACACCGACGCCGACACCAACACGGGCCUCGUGCACGUGCCCUUCCCGGAGCCGGGCGCCUGGUACGUCACGCUCGGGCUCUUCUGCCACCAGGGCGUGCCGGGGACGGUCACGGAGACGACGGCCCGCACCGCCAUCAUCGACAGCGUGAAGGAGUUCGUGCGCACCUACCGGGGGACGCUGGCGGGCAUGCGGCCGCCGUGUGCGUGCGCCGAGCGGAUCGCCCACUACCGACGGUGCGUGGCGGACGAGGGGUGCCUGGCGGCGCUGAACGAAACCGAAACGCUCAAGCUGAAGGAGUGCAUCAUGGACGCGAAGUGCACCGGGGGUCAGCGCCAGUCGGAGGAGAUGGCCCGCAAGUUCGAGCUCCACCACAAGCACGCCACGGAGCAGAGCGUGCAGAGUGCGUCGGCCGAGCGGGGUACCAACGGUGGGACGUGCAACGCCAGCGUCGUGUUUACCAUCUCCUCCAGCCCGUGUGUGGCCGGACGGUGCGGACGGUUCGGGCGUUGCUACCACUACAUGUCGGGCGGGUUCGUGUUCUCCACCUGCCUGUGCCUGCGCAACUACCGAGGGUGGGAUUGCACCGAGGACUCGCAGGUCCCAUCCAGCGCCUCGAUCCUGCUCGCCUCGCUCAUGCUAACGCUCUCGAACCUGCUCUUCCUGCCGAGCAUCUUCUUCGCCGUCCGCCGGGGCUACCACAGCGAGGCCAUCAUCUACUUCUUCGCCAUGUUCUUCUCGGCGUUCUACCACGCGUGCGACUCCGGCGAGGAGGAGUUCAGCUUCUGCCUGGUGAAGAUCGGCGUGCUGCAGUUCUGCGACUUCUACUGCGGCCUGCUCGCCAUCUGGGUGACGCUGAUCGCGAUGGCCAACGUGCGCCACCAGUUCGUCUCGCUGCUGCACAUGCUCGGGGCGAUCCUGCUCGCGUUCGGCACCGAGCUGAACAAGCAGUCCCUGUGGGUGUUCCUGGCCCCCGCCCUCACCGGCAUCUGUCUCAUCUCGGUCAGCUGGGGCCUGCGGUGCCGCAAGACGCGCCGCUGCUUCCCGGCCCGCAGCUACCUGGCGCUCUACCUGCCCGUCGGCAGCGUGCUCGUAAUGGUCGGGCUCGUCUGCUUCGCCUUCCUGCAGACGAAGCAGAACUACCAUAUCGUGCACUCGAUCUGGCACAUGGUGAUGGCGCUCAGCAUCCUCUGCCUGCUGCCGGACCGGAAAACGUUCCACCCGAAGUGCUAG